UUCAAGUAUCUUUCUUUUCUACUUAAAUAUUCUGGAAUUUUCUCAUCAAUUGUUCGCAGGGUUUUAACACACAAGAAAAACCCAGGUUUUUAUUGUAUGAAGAUCUAACAAAUUCCAUUUCUUGAGCCUUUUUGCUUCAAGAAAAAUGUCUCAGACUCACUGGGAAGCUGAUAAAAUGUUAGAUGUUUAUAUACAUGAUUACUUGGUAAAGAGGGAUUUAAAGGCUUCUGCACAGGCGUUUCAAGCCGAAGGAAAAGUCUCUUCUGAUCCUGUUGCUAUUGAUGCGCCUGGUGGCUUUCUAUUUGAGUGGUGGUCGGUGUUUUGGGACAUCUUUAUAGCAAGGACCAACGAGAAGCACUCAGAAGUUGCAGCCUCAUACAUCGAGACUCAAUUGAUCAAAGCAAGGGAACAGCAACAGCAGCAGCAGCAGCCACAGCAAUCGCCUCAUCCACAACAACAGCAACAGCAGCAACACCAGCAGAUCCAGAUGCAACAGCUCAUGUUGCAGCGCCAAGCUCAACAACAACAGCAUCAUCAACAGCAGCAACAGCAACAACAGCAACAACAACAACAAGUGCAACAACAACAGCAACAACAGCAACAGCAACAACAGCAGCAACAACAACAACAACAACAGCAACAACAGCAGCAGCAGCAACAACAACAACGGAGAGAUGGGGCCCACCUCCUCAAUGGAACAUCAAACAGGCUUGUUGGAAAUGAACCUCUUAUGAGACAGAAUCCUGGAGUUAACGCCAUUGCUACGAAAAUGUAUGAGGAGAAAUUGAAAGUGCCACUUCCAAGGGACGCUUUAGAUGAUGUAGCUAUGAAGCAGAGGUAUGGUGAGAAUGUUGGGCAGCUUUUGGAUCCGAACCAAGCAUCAAUUUUGAAAUCUGCUGCUGCAGCUGCUGGUCAACCUUCAGGGCAAGUGCUGCAUGGUACAGCUGGCAGCAUGUCUCCUCAAGUUCAAGGUCGGAGUCAACAACUUCCAGGCUCUACACCGGAAAUAAAGACGGAGAUGAACCCAAUCAUGAAUAGAGCUGGAGCUCCUGAAAUAUCAUUGAUUGGGAUUCCUGGAUCAAAUCAAGGUGGUAACAACUUGACAUUGAAAGGAUGGCCACUUACAGGGUUGGAUCAAUUGCGAUCUGGGAUAAUGCAACAACAGAAGUCAUUUAUGCAAGGGUCCCAGUCGUUUCAUCAGCUACAGAUGAUGACGCCACAGCACCAGCAGCAACUUCUGUUAGCACAGCAGAAUAUGACAUCACAAUCAGCCAACGAAGAAAGCAGACGGUUAAGAAUGCUUCUUAAUAGCCGAAACAUUCCUGGUUCUGUUGGUGAUAUUUCAAAUGUCGGAUCUCCCAUGACUGUUCAACCUCGUGGAGAUCCAGAUGUGUUGCUCAAGUUGAAAAUGGCUCAGUUACAGCAGCUUCAGCAGCAACAACAGCAACAAAACGGUAACCAGCAGCAACAGCAGCAGAUUCACCAUUCUCUUUCUGCACCACAGCCCCAAAACCCGAAUCUCAAUCUUCAACAAGAAAAGAUUGUGGGUGCAAGCAGUGUAACCGGAGACGGGAGCAUGUCAAACUCGUUUAGAGGAAACGACCAGGCUUCGAAAAACCAGACUGGAAGAAAGAGAAAGCAGGUUUCAUCUUCUGGACCGGCCAACAGCUCUGGAACGGCAAACACAGCUGGACCGUCACCGAGCUCAGCACCCUCGACUCCGUCAACUCAUACACCUGGUGACGUGAUCUCAGGCGCUUUGCCACAUAACAAUGACGGUUCUUCCAAACCUUUAAUAAUGUUUCGUCCUGAUGGGCCCACAACGCUUACCUCCCCAUCAAAUCAAUUGUGGGAUGAUAACGACAUUGUGCAGGCUGAUAUGGAUCGUUUUGUGGAAGAUGGAUCUCUUGAUGACAAUGUGGAGUCUUUUUUAUCUCAUGAUGAUACGGAUAUGAGGGAUACGGUUGGUCGUUGUAUGGAUGUGAGCAAAGGGUUUACGUUUACGGAGGUGAAUUCUGUUCGUGCUAGUGUAAGCAAGGUCGUUUGUUGCCAUUUCUCAUCAGAUGGUAAGCUGCUUGCUAGUGGUGGCCAUGAUAAGAAGGCUGUACUGUGGUAUACAGAUUCUUUAAAGGCAAAGACGACUCUUGAAGAACAUUCGUCAUUGAUCACAGAUGUGCGCUUCAGCCCAAGCAUGCCGCGCCUUGCAACGUCGUCUUUUGAUAAAACUGUUCGUGUCUGGGAUGCCGACAAUCCUGGGUUUUCUCUUCGGACCUUUAUGGGACAUUCUGCAUCUGUGAUGUCGUUGGAUUUCCACCCGAAUAAAGAUGAUCUCAUCUGUUCAUGUGAUGGGGAUGGGGAGAUACGGUAUUGGAGCAUAAAUAAUGGUAGCUGUGCUCGUGUAUUUAAGGGUGGAACGGCUCAAGUACGAUUUCAGCCAUGCCAUGGAAGAUUUCUUGCAGCAGCUUCUGAAAACAUUGUAUCUAUACUCGAUGUCGAGACUCAAGCCCUUCGACAUUUAUUGAAGGGACAUACGAAGCCGAUUCAUUCAGUUUGCUGGGAUCCAAGCGGGGAGUAUUUGGCAUCGGUUAGCGAGGAUUCAGUUCGAGUGUGGUCUCUGAUGUCGGGAAAUGAAGGGGAGUGUGUACAUGAUCUGAGUUGUAACGGGAACAAGUUCCACUCGUGUGUUUUUCAUCCCAGUUACGCUUCCUUGUUGGUCAUCGGCUGUUACCAGUCUCUGGAGCUAUGGAACAUGCAGGAGAACAAGACGAUGACUCUAGCGGCCCACGAUGGAUUGAUUGCUGGUUUGGCGUUAUCAAUGGCCACGGGGUUGGUAGCGUCGGCUAGCCACGAUAAGAUCGUUAAACUUUGGAAGUGAAAAAAAUUGGGAAACAGAAACCUUGUAUGAUUAUGAUUAUGAUUAUGAUGAUGAUGAUAUGAUGUUGUAGAAGAAUGAAUCAAAUUGUAUGUGUUUAUAUGCCAUCUUCACUCGUACAACACACCAUCUAUCUGUUUUUAUAUAUCAUCUACAUCUUUUACUGCCUA